GAUGGACAAAAUAAAGGAGAGAGAAGAAAAGAAAGGGUUGUAUUUUUUUUACCAAUAUAGCCUUCCCUUUUAUUCCAAUUUCCAGCCUUCCGUUUAUACGUACAAGUCUUCUUGAAAAAAAAAAACCCUCACAGUCCUCUCUCCGUCACCGCCCCACGAUCACCACCAUCCCUCCCACCGAUCGUCUCCCUUAAACAAAAAAUACUCACAGCCCUCGUCUUCCUCAUAGUUGUCUCCCCCUGGCUCCUCUUCCUCCUCCUCUUCUUUCUUCAAAAAAAAAAAAAAACCUCACAGCCCUAGAUCCACUGGAUUGCAGCAGUGACGGUGGGCGAAGGACACGAGGUGGUGAUGCGGGGGGGGCGGAGGAGGGGUAAAAAGGGGAUCUUCUCUCUUUCUCACAGAAUCUCGCCAAUAUUGGUGAGAAACGAAAUGGGGGUUUGAAGAGGUUCUGCUCUCUCACCCUCUCCCACCUGUUUCUCAACUUCUUGUCCAGCCAAACGUGCAGAGAAAGCUCUCUCCCUCAAUUUGUUUCUUCUCUCUCAAACUCCCUCCAUCCAAACGAGCUGUUAGUAUUUUUCUUCUUUUUAAAGUGUGCUGACUCAGCACAUUUGUGUGGGUUGGUUGUGGCAAAUCUUUGUGUAAGAGGGCAAUACCGCAAUAUCGACUUGCACAUAAAAAGGAAAACUAUACCCUACCAAACAAGCCGGGCCGGGCACGUAGACGGCUGGGCAAAUUCAUCUGUCUGUUUAGCUGACUACUAGCCCACCAACUGUUUGAAAAAAUGCCAACUCUGUUUUAAGUGAUUACUAGCUGUUGGAAAGCCACCACCAAUUCCGUCAUCGGGAUAGUUUCAGGUCGUUCUGAUGGAUGAGUUGUUGAAGAAUCAGGUUUUUGCUACCCAUGCAAUUGCAGCAGCAGGAUCAGUUGCAUUUGGCACUGCCCUCACAUACCCCCUAGAUACUAUCAAAGUUCUUAUACAGGUAGGGUCGGGUUCCAAUAAGCAAUUGACUGCAGCUCAGGUUCUUGAUAGAGUUAAAAGUUUGUCAGGAAGUUCAGGUCUGUACAGUGGUUUUGGGUGGUUGACCUUGGGGAGGAUUUUAGGUGUUGGCGGUCGCUUUGGUACUUGUGAAAUUUUGACAGCUUUUUAUAAAGAUGGUCGAGAAGACAAUCAUGUGCAUGUCUCUGAGGCCCUUAUGGCAGGAAUUGCAGCUGGUGCCUUGGAAUCACUCAUAACCUCUCCAUUUGAACUUAUUAAACUUCGUGCGCAAGUGACUUCGGCUUCUCGAAUUCCAACUUCCACCACUGUUACGGAAAGAAUAUCUUUUUCACCUUUGCUUGCAAGGUUACUACCGGGAUACUUUCCGGAUAUGAAGGCUUUGAACCAUUCUGUGGGCCUUUUGUCCACCCUGACAACCAAACAUCCCAAUAUGGUUGGUGCCCUAAAAGAGUACCCAUGGAUGAUGACCGGAUCUGGGAGGCCACCAUCUGUCUGUGAUGUUAGAAGGCCAUCAGACAUAAUCUCUUUGGAAGGAUGGGGUGCUUUGUGGAGAGGUCUCCGGUCCGGGGUAGUUCGGGACUCCAUUUUUGGUGGUAUAUUCUUUGCAAGUUGGCAAUUUUUACAUCAAGCGAUGCUUGACUGGAAGGCUGUGAAUAUGGAUCCUCCACCCAGGUACGAUGGGGAAAUUGGUCCAUUGUCUCCUCUAGCUGUUAGUCUUGCAGCAGGCUUUUCCGGAUCAGUUGCUGCAGCUGCAUCUCAUUGUUUUGACACUGCAAGAAGUAGAUCACAAUGUAUUGUGUUGCCCAAGUAUGUAGCCAUGGAGAGGAAGCUUCUCAGAUGGAAUCGACUGGGGAAGAGGUUUGAGAGACUAACUGGAAUCCAUCCUGCGGAUAGGAAUAUUUUAUUCCGUGGCAUUUGGCCGCGGAUGGCUCGUAGUGGAAUUGGAUCAUUUGUCAUUGUAGGAAGUUACUUCUUGGGUAUUGAUCAUCUGGCAUCGAAAUGAGUGAUUUCAUAGUGUACGGACACACACUCUCUCUCCCCCCCCCCCCCCCCCCCAGCUCCGCGGCUCGUAGUGGAAUUGGAUCAUUUGUCAUUGUAGGAAGUUACUUCUUGGGUAUUGAUCAUCUGGCAUCGAAAUUGGUGAUUUCAUAGUGUACGGACACACUCUCUCUCGCCCCCCCCCCCCACAGCUCUUUUCAAUACAAGGUCAAGAGUUCAAAUCUUUUUUCCCAGUAUGCAGGCUCUCUCUUUGUUUAGAGUGGUACUUGUGAUUGUCGGGCUUGUUGAACUUUUUGUAGAAGGCAACACGGAAUACGAUGAAUCCGCUGUCCCAACCAAUCUAAGCUUUAAGUCUUAAUUAGUUGGGGUUGGCUACAUGAAUCUAUUUUUUCCUUUAUGUCCUUAUUUGUUGAAAUGUCCUGUAAUCCUAUUUUAUAUACUCACUCCUGAUGUAUAAGUUCUCACUUUUUGAGGUUGGGGGGAAAAUUGCCCUAUUUUGGCCAAGCAGCUGAGGGUGGAUUUAUCA